GCAACAGACGAAGAAGAUCUCGAGGGAGAAGAUGAAGCUGAAGGCAGUCAAUGCGACUUUCGCCAGUUACCCAACUUUCCAUGUGAGCACGUACGGAAUGACUAUCGAUCGUUUCCACCUCAGUACUUCAACAUCGGAUAUACGCACAACGAAUUCUCCACGACGUAUCAUCAGAAUGUUGCUCAGCACCAUACGUCAUGUGGAAUCGGUACGCUGACGUAUUCGAGAGGUGAUAUGGCGCAGCCGGGUUUUUUCCAGCACUCUUUGCUUGGCAGCGGCAACGAAGAAAUCGAGGAUUUCUGCUCAUCGUCGUCUUCUAAAAAUGAAGAAUUAGAACGAAAAUCGGCUCGCAAAGUCGAUAUUCCGCUUUUGUUUUUCGGAGAUGCUCCGUCUAGUGCGGGCGGUGUGGACCCAUGCGAGGUGUACUGUACGGUGCCAGGGAGGACAAGCUUACUCAGCAGUACGACGAAAUAUCGCGUGACCGUUGGCGAGAUCCAGCGUAGAAUCAGCCCGCCUGAGUGUCUGAACGCAUCUCUUCUUGGAGGGAUCUUACGCCGAGCUAAGUCGAAGGACGGCGGCAAGACACUGCGUGAUUCGCUAAGGAAAAUUGGUCUGACUCUUCCGGCUGGACGUCGCAAACAAGCCAAUGUCACAGCAUGGACGGCUCUUGUCGAAGAAGAAGCAGUGCAUAUGGCGAAAGACUUCGCGAUGGUCUGCGAAAAGGAGUUUCACGCUCGCGAAAUCGGAAUAUACCUCACGAAGACAGGUCUUUCCAUUGAACAUGAUAUAAUUCAGAGGAGAACGAUGCUUGAAAACAGCAAGUGA